AAUUCUUCAAAACCACAGGGGAGGAAGUGUAAAAUUAUAAACCCCAAACAGAACAGACCGUCCAAGAAGAACUUUCCCGCCAAGAAAGUAGUUAAAAACAUCUGUUUCUUCACCAAGUCUUAGUCACACAAUCCAGUCCCAAAAGAAUCUCAAUUUCCUUAGCUCUCUCUCUCUCUCUCUCUCUCUCUCUCUCUCUCUCUCUCUCUCUCUCUCUCUGCUACUUUUCCAGAAAGAAACCCAAACUCUCUCUCUCUCUCUCCCCCUCCCUCUCUUUCACUCUGUUCAUCACCAUGUAUCACUUUAGCCUGGACCCAACUGGUUUUCUUCUAAGGCAGGCGGUGUCAACCGUCAUGCAGGCGCAGAAGGGCGCGCGCUAUUGUGAUCUCUGCGUCUCACCAAACGGCGUCACAUUUGGAAUAAGCGUAAUAGAUCCCAGUACCGGAAUCCCAAACAUUUACUUCACCCUGCCGAUGGAACCUUUGAACUUCUACACAAUUCGCUGCCGAGGGAUCCUCUAUCUUAAAGUGGACAUCCGUAAUAUGCACGACCAACUCCUUGAGGCCACCGCUUAUGAUUUUCUCAGUCUCUCUGGUCAUGUCACCCUUGGUCACAUAGACUUUGAGCUCGUCGAUGCCAGAACUAAGCAAAUCAGGGCCACUGAAAUUUCAGUGAUUUCAAGCAAAUAUGGUCGGAUAGCUAUACCUCGGCUCUUUCGUGAAUAUCAAGUGAUCGUCGGGAUACCUGCGGAGACGUUUAGGAUUAUGAUCAUCAAUCUGCACCAUAUUGGAUUUCAAGCUUAUGCAGAAGUAAGAGAGAAUGUUGUUUUUCUUGGAGUAGGUGACCAGGCGGUUACUCUCCCGAAGGACGAAAGAUGUAUUAUUGAGGGUGAUGUGGGGAUCUUGCUGUUCAGUAUCGAAAAUAUUAAGCCACUGUUGAGCGCUUCAAUUCUGUCGAAGAUGGUGUGGUUGCUUGGCCAGUCCGGGGGUCCAUAUGCCGCGCUGAAUUUCCCUUUUGGUAAACUUGGCAACAUGUUGUUUUACUUUGGCCCUGUAUUCUGAAGCCUGAAGGUGAUGAGAAUGGUCUUACCAUCGCUGAGUUCUUACUCAAAACAGAUUUUAAAGAUGCAAAUUCUCUUUCUCCAUUUUCAAGAUAUUGCGGUUUGAUCACAAGUGUAAAUCACCAAACAAAAGAUGAUGUGAGUGUGAGAUACUUUGAGUUGUCUGUUGUACUUGGAAAAGUCUGAUUCUAUUCAUAAUAAUCCUUUUCGUAAACAAUGCAGCUUUACA